AGGGAAGGAGGCGUGCGGCGCCCGCCCCCACCCGCGCUGCCCGGAGCCGGAGGCGCAGCCAGGCGCUAUCCCAGCCUCAUCCCGGCGCUCCCCGCAGCACCGAGCCCGCCAGGCGGCCCUUCCCUGCGCAGAGGUGGCAGCGGCAGGCGGCAUGACGGCGGAGGAGAUGAAAGCGGACGGGGCUCCCCUGGAAGGGGUGGACAUCACUCCCAAGCAGGAUGAAGGCGUCCUCAAGGUUGUCAAGAGAGAAGGCAGUGGGACAGAGUCUCCGAUGAUAGGUGAUAAGGUGACCGUCCAUUACACGGGGUGGCUUCUCGAUGGCACAAAAUUUGACUCCAGUCUGGACAGAAAAGACAAAUUCUCAUUUGACUUGGGAAAAGGUGAGGUGAUCAAAGCAUGGGACAUUGCUGUGGCCACUAUGAAGAUUGGUGAAAUCUGUCGGAUUACAUGUAAACCAGAAUAUGCCUAUGGCUCAGCUGGGAGCCCCCCAAAGAUACCUCCCAAUGCUACACUGAUUUUUGAGAUUGAACUUUUUGAGUUCAAGGGCGAGGACCUCACUGAUGAAGAAGAUGGUGGCAUCAUCCGAAGAAUCCGCAAAAAAGGGGAAGGCUACUCCAGGCCCAAUGAGGAUGCACUUGUAGAGAUCCAGUUUGAAGGCCGGCACGGAGAUCGUGUUUUUGACAAGCGGGAGUUGCGGUUUGAGAUUGGGGAAGGGGAAAACUUCGAUAUCCCUCACGGUCUGGAGAAAGCAAUUCAAAAAAUGGAGAAAUCAGAGGAAUCUGUGUUCUAUCUCAAACCCAGCUAUGGUUUUGGAAGUGCUGGGAAUGAGAAAUUCAAGAUCCCUCCAGACGCAGAGCUGCAGUAUGAAGUGAAACUCAAAAGCUUUGAAAAGGCUAAGGAGUCCUGGGAGAUGAACACGGAUGAGAAGUUGGAACAGAGCUGCAUUGUGAAGGAGAGAGGCACUCAGUACUUCAAGGAGGGGAAAUACAAGCGGGCAGCAUUGCAGUAUAAGAAGAUUGUGUCGUGGCUGGAGCACGAGUCAGGACUCUCCGAGGAGGAAGAAUCAAAAGCCAAAAGCCUGAGGCUUGCUGCCCACCUUAACUUAGCUAUGUGCCAUCUCAAGCUAAAGGAAUACUCCCAGGCUUUGGAGAACUGCAACAAGGCACUCGAACUGGAUAGCAACAACGAGAAAGGGCUCUUCCGGCGUGGAGAAGCUCACUUGGCUGUCAAUGACUUUGAGCUGGCCCGAGCAGAUUUCCAGAAAGUGAUACAACUUUAUCCAAGUAACAAAGCUGCCAAAGUGCAGCUGGUGACUUGUCAGCAAAAAAUACGGGAGCAGCAUGAGAAGGAGAAAAAGAUGUACGCCAACAUGUUCCAAAGGCUUGCAGACAAAGACCUAAAGUCAUCUGCUACUCUUCAGACAAGCCACACCGAAGAUGCAGAAAUGAAAGAUGCGCAGAAUGGAGUUGAAGAUAAAUCAGAAGUUGAAGCAGAAGCAUAAACCCCCCCUCCCUAUUCCAUUAGUUUUGUAAAUGAAAGAAUUUCCAGUGAAUUAGACCUUUAUUUUUCUACCUGGUUGGAUAGUGGCUUCAAGGGAGCAGAGGCUGAAGCCACCAUGCCACAGUCAGUUACAGAAGCUGAGUGGCAGCAUAAAUCUGGUUUAAUCCUAGUGACUUUAUUUAUUCAUUCAGCCUCUGUUACUGUUUGGGUUCUGUCUGGAUUUGCUCUGCUUGAUUUGCAUUUUCAUAGAAUCAUAGAAUGGCUUGAGUUGGAAGGGACCUCAGAGAUCUAGUUCCAACCCCCUGCCAUGGACAGGGAAACCCUUCACUAGACCAGGUUGCUCAGAGCUCCAUCCAGCCUGGUCUUGGACACUUCCAGGGAAGGAGCAUCUACAGCUUCUCUGGGCAGCCUGUUCCAGUGCCUCACCACCCUCUGAGUAAAGAAUUUCAUCCAAAUACCUAAUCUUAACCUGCCCUCUUUCAGUUUGAAGCCAUCCCCCUUUGUGCUGUCACUGCUUGCCCUUGUAAAUAGUCUCUCUCCAUGUUUCUUGUAGGCUCCCUUUAAGGUACUGGAAUGCAGGCUUGGUCACCCCAAAGCCUUCUUUUUUCCAGGCUGAACAAUCCCAGUUCUCUCAGCCUUGUCUCAUAGGGAGAGAUGCUUCAUCCCUAUAAUCAUCUUGGUGGGCCUCCUCUGGACUUGCCCCAAAAGAUUGAUGUCCUUCCUAUACUGGGACCCCAGAGGUGGAUGCAAUGUUCCAGGUGAGGUCUCACCAGAGUAGAGGGUCAAAAUCCCCUCCUGCCCCUGCUGCACAAACUGCUGUGGAUGCAGCCCAGGUUACAAUUGGCCUUCUGGGCUGUGAGUGCACAUUGCCAGCUCAUCUCCAGCCUCUCAUCCAACAGCACCCCCAAAUCAUUCUUGGCAGGGCUGCUCUGGAUCUGUUCAUCCCCCAGCCUUUAUUGGUACCAUGGGUUGCCCCAACCCAGAUGCAGCACCUUGCACUUGGCCUUAUUAAAUCCUCCUAAGUUUUCACGUGGGCCCACUUGUCAGGCUUGUCCAGAGGUUGCUCUGGGUGGCAUCCUGUCCUUCAGGCAUGUCAACUGGACGGCUCAGCUUGGUGUCACCUGCAGAUUUGCUGAGGGUGCACUCUUACCCCUUUCAUCCAUGUCAUUGAUGAAGAUGAUAGUAACACUGGUCCCAGUAUAGACCCCUGAGGGACACCACCUGUCACUGGUGUCCAUUGGGACACUGAGCCGUUGACCACCAGCCUGUAGAUAUGACCAUCCAGCCAAUUCCUUACCAUCAAACAGUCCACCCAUUGAAUCCAUCUCCAAUUUAGAGAGAAGGAUGUUGUGGGGAACUGUGUCUAAGGCAGAAAAUUACAGAAAUUGAGGUAAAUGACACCUGUAGCCCUUCCCUUGUCCAGUGGUGGAGUCACUCCACCACUGAAGACCAUUAGGCUGCUGAGAUGGGACUUGCCCUUGGUGAAACCUUGCUGGCUGUCCCCAGUCACCUCCUUGUCCUCCAUGUGCCUUAGCAUAGCAUCUAGGAGGAUCUGUUCCAUGAUCUUCCCAGGCACAGAGCUGAGGCUGACAGGUCGGAAGUCCCCGUUUUGUCUUUGUUUCUUUCUGGUUCCAGCUUACUUUAUUCCUAGGCUCUGCUUUCUAAAUUUAUCUCCUUCAUUUGCUUCAAGUAAUCAGGUUUUUCAGGAGUCCUCACGCGAGACUUGAGAACAAAUUGGCGCUCCCAGUUCUUCUGCCUUGGGAUUGGCCUCUUUCCCCCUGAUCAGUAGGGAGUCCCUUCCAUUAAGUAUUGUAACCUUUCUUGUAUGCCUCCUCUUUGCAAAUUGCUGAAGGUGAAGACUGUGAAGUCACAGCUUAAGUAAUAAAGCUCCAAUUAAACUCAAGAAAACUGAA